GGGAGGGGCAUGUCACUGACAUAAGCAGAGCGUCCACUGUACAAGUUCGUCAUUUAGGGCCGAAUGCGCAUCUCACUCAGAGGAAGGGGAAGAACUCAAAACGCAUGCGGAGUUACAGUUGUGAAGUUGCAGAAUGAGUCAAUGGAAGCAAAUUCAGCAGUUAGAUAUCAAGUUUCUGGAGCAGGUGGAUUAUUUCUAUGAUGACACCUUUCCAAUGGAGGCUCGGCAGGUGUUGGCCAACUGGAUUGAGGGGCAAGACUGGGAAGCGGCCGCCAAUCACGAGUCGAUGGCCACCGUGCUGUUCAACAACCUCCUGAUCCAGCUUGAUCGCCAGUGUUCCCAGGAGCCCAACUUCCUCCUCCGGCACAACCUCAAAAGGAUCACACAGCAGCUUCAGAUGAAAUAUAAGAGCAACCCAGUCCAAGUGGCUGUGAUCAUCUCCAGUUGUCUGAGAGAGGAGAGGAGGAUCAUCGCUUUAGCCAGCAUACAGGAACAGGGGCCUUUGGAAAAGUCCAUGCAGAAUUCUGAAGCCUUCGAAAGGCAGAAGAACCUGGACAAUCGUGUGGCUGUUAUUCGGAGUAGUGUUCAGAUGAUGGACCAGGCAGUGAAAUACCUGGAGGACAUGCAAGAUGACUUUGAUUUCCGCUAUAAAACUCUCCAGUCGCGAGAGGCUGUGCAUCUGUCCGCAGAUUCAGUGGAGAGGAACUCGCAGUGCAUGAAACAGGAAGUGGCCCUGCUCCAGGAGAUCCUCAACCGCCUGGACUUCAAACGGAAGGAAAUCCUGUCCAAGAUGGCUGAUGUCAUCAAGGAAAUCAAUGACAUGAUGAGCACACAGCUGAACUUGGAGCUCAUGGACUGGAGACGACGGCAGCAGAUUGCCUGCAUCGGAGGUCCGGUUCUCACUGGAAUGGACCAGCUACAGAACUGGUUCACCCUGACAGCGCAGAGCUUGUUUCAGAUCAAACGGCAACUGGACAAACUGGGCGAGCUCAUCCACAAAGUCACCUAUGAGAGUGACCCCAUCCCCUUACAGAAACCACAGAUGGAAGAGCAGGUCAAAUUUCUCAUCUAUCACCUCAUCAAAAGUUCUUUCGUAGUGGAAAAGCAACCUUGUAUGCCCACGCACCCGCAGAAACCACUCAUCAUCAAAACACAAGUGCAGUUCACCACCAAGGUCAGGUUACUGGUGAAACUGCCAGAGGUGGACUACCAGCUAAAAGUGAAGACGACAUUUGACAAGGAUCCGCCACCAGGCAAAGUGAAUAGGCAGUUUUUUAUCCUGACCCAAAGCACAAAGGUGAUGGACGUGGAAGAGUCCUCCAAUGGCUGCCUCUCAGUCGAGUUCAGACACCUGCAACUGAAGGAAAAGAAGUUUAGUGGCACAAAGGGAAAUGAGGGCCCCCUUACUGUGACUGAAGAGCUUCACUCUCUCAGCUUUGAAGCCCAGUUCUGCCUGCAGGGAAUGACCAUUGACCUGGCGACGUGCUCUCUGCCUCUGGUGGUGAUCUCGAAUGUGAGCCAGCUCCCUGCAGGCUGGGCCUCGGUCAUGUGGUAUAACCUGCUGACGGAUGAGCCCGAGAACCUGAGUUUCUUCAGCAGCCCUCCGCGGGCCACGUGGAGCCAGCUCUCAGAGGUGCUCAGCUGGCAGUUCUCCUCCUUCGCCGGGCGCGGCCUCAACAAGGAGCAGCUGAGCAUGCUGGGAGAAAAACUCCUUGGCCAGCAACCAGCUCACAACGACUGCCAGGUGUCCUGGUCCAAGUUCUGCAAGGAAAAUAUUCCCGGGAAGCCUUUUAGCUUCUGGAUUUGGCUGGAUUCCAUUCUAGACCUCAUUAAGAAGCACUUGCUUCCUGUGUGGAUUGACGGCAACAUAAUGGGCUUUGUGAGCAAGGAGACAGAGCGCGCCCUUCUGAGGGAGAAAGACUCCGGAACCUUCCUUCUGCGCUUCAGCGAGAGCCACCUGGGCGGGAUCACCUUCACCUGGGUGGAACAGGUCGACAAUGAUCCCACUUGCAUAGGAGAGGCCAAGUUCAUCUCAGUGGAACCCUACACAAAGAACCGGCUCUCUGCUCUUCCAUUUCCUGACAUCAUCCGGGACUACAAGGUUAUUGCGGAUGGUAUUGUGCCGGAGAACCCUCUUAAGUUCCUGUAUCCCGAUAUUCCCAAAGACGAGGCAUUUGGGAAGUAUUAUAACAGUCAGCAGAGCAAAGGCAAGAUUCACAUGUUUCCAUACUUUCCCAUGUCUCUGAUUCCAAUCUCCACUCUAACCUCAAUAACCCACGCGACGACACCAACAUGUUCCUCCCCAGAGCCACCCAUGAGUCCUGGCAUGUUUGAUGCCCUCAGCCAGACCCUGAGCCCGUUUGAGAUGGCCGCUAUCAGUUCACCAUAGUCCUGACAAAGGACAAAUUCAGAGAAAUGUUCUGUUGAGAUCUCACCUACAACUGCAUAUUCUGAUAGAUGGACUGGAGGCUUGCAUGACAGAUGUUUUUCUUCUGUUGUUUCUUUGCUGAAGACCUUGUUUGUCUGAAGUGUAACCUGAUAUUCCCAAUAUUUCGCUGGGUCAAAUUCAAGACGCUUUUCCUCAGUGGUUCCUUGUUUGUGGAAUGAGUUGCCCAUGCUCUCCAUUCCUGUGAUAGUUUUGGGUCUUUCAAGAGGGGUCUAAAGGCAUAUCUGUUCAACAUGCACUUGGUUUAUUGAGCGUUUCAUAUGUGUUUUGGUUUGUAUAUUAUAGUAUUUAGUUAUUUUCAUGAAGCUGUUGAUUGAAUUGACAAUGUUGUUUAUUAUUGACAUUCUCCUUAAUGUAGUACUACCAACUUUUAUAUUGUUUACUGAUAAAUGUAAUUAUUGUAUUGUUGUCAUUUGUAUGUCGCUUUUUACAAAAGCGUCUGCUAAAUACCUGAACCAUAACUAUAACCAUGUCAGUGAUCAUUUAGUUAAAAUUACUUUAAAUGUAACUGUGGAAAGUAGAGUGUGGCAUGUGAACAAAAAUUUAUUUGACAACAAGGAAAGAAAAACAAUGUUACAUUGAGCUUGACAUUGGGUGCCAUUCUUUUGACAAACAAAUCUGACGUUGCUGGAACAUCAAGCCACGAUGAACACAAUUAUGUCUCCAUCCUUUUCUCCAUAGAAACUGUAACCAGUUACAGAAUGACAUAUUGUUUGAUCAUUUUAUAUUUACAAUUGCUGUGUUGACGUUUUCAUACAGUAUAUGUUGACCUGGGUGCUUUGUAGGCUGCCUGUUUAUACAAAAGUGUUUAUUUUUAAACUGUAAACUAUAGGCUAAUAAAACUAUUAAAAA